AUGUUGAACACAAUCAUCGGAGAUCAUGAACCGUCAUAUCAGUUGACAACAAUUGUGAAAAUCUCUUUCAUUCCUUCACUCGAUCGUUCUUAUGGUAACAAGAGAAGUAAGUGGCUAACAGCUCGGUUACUCGUUUCGCCGGAGCUCUACACCGUAACCGCCGAUUCCAACUCCGCUGCAUCUCCCUUCGUGCUCUUCCGUUUAGGGACUUAUAAGUCAUUUGACGGAGACUUGAGCGUUUUGGUGAUCUGUACUAUUCUCGGAUCUCUAACUAUACAAUUGUUGCUUGAUUUGCGCCUAAAUUCUAGCUAUCAAAUCAGUGGAGAUAGAAACUUUGAAUGUUGA